GUAACAUGAUGCUUUUGUCCAGUUUGACGUAAAACAGCUUCAAUUUGCUCCAAUUUCAUUUUUUCAUUGAAGUGAAUUUUAUGUUAAAUUCUUUAUAUGAGUGACAUAACUGGUGAUUGCCAUUUGUUGCUCGUGUCGUUAUCGGUGUUACUCGUUGUCAGAGUUUGUUUCUGAGACGGUGAUCGCACCCAAUCUGUAUGCAACUAUUACGCGUCGCCUCGACUAUGUCUUGCCAAGGAUCAUAUUCGGGCCCCGGGGACGAGUAUGACUUCGAGGACGAUGGGUACGACGAUCUGGACGAAUAUAGGGACAGAGACGACACGUUACCAUCAGCACCCCCAGUCGAGGACAGUGACGAAGACACAGAAGAAGCAAGCGAGACAGACAUACCCCACAAUGAUGAGCCGCUUGAAGUCAAAGAACAAUUAUACCAAGACAAAUUGGCAAACUUGAAGAAACAGCUGCAGCAGCUUGAAGAUGGCAUUCAUCCAGAAUUCUUGAGGAGGGUCAAGAGGCUAGAACAUCAACUAAAUGAGAGGAUCAGAAUAAAUAAAAUAUAUAGGGAACACAUGUAUGAUGUAGUAGAAAGAGAGUACAUAGCAGAGAAGAAGGCCGCGGCGAAAGAGUUUGAAGAAAAGAAGAUAGAGUUAAGGGAAAACUUAUUAAAUGACUUUGAGGACAAGAGAAAAAUGAUUGAGAGUGAGAGGCAUAGUAUGGAAUUAAAUGGAGAUUCUAUGGAGGUGAAACCGGUGAUGAAGCGAAUUCUCAGACGGCGUGCGAAUGAGCCUGCGCCUGCGCCUGAGAAGCGGCGGAAACCCCUCACGACAACGCUAACGUUCCAAUUGGAUGAGCGAGACAUCGAGGCAGACCUCCGCGCCAUCUCGCGGCAUUCACCGCCACCCAGGCAUCAUGCGCCAGCGCACAACUCCACGCAACCCAGGAAGCAUUUAAAUUCGAGUAGUUGUGAUUCUCCAGUCAGAGACAGUGGAGAAACGACGGAAACACGAGUGGAGGAUGGCAAGCUGCUGUACGAGCGUCGGUGGUACCAUCGCGGCCAGAGCGUCUCCGUGGAGGGACGCGAUAUGCCCAAGUUCCCCGGACAUAUACACGCCAUCACUGACGAGGCGAUAGUGGUAAAGAAGAACAAUGUGGAGCGAGUACGGAUAUACAUAUCUCAGUUAGCUCGCGGGAAAAUAACAUUAAAGCGGAGAGCUUCAUAGACUGUACAGACGGACCUAGGCUACAUUAUUAGUGCAUACGCUAGCGUGUGGAGUGAUUGGCUGCCAAGCAGAGUGAGUGCAACAGGAAAAUACAUGUAUAUAAAU